CAGUUGGUGAGGUGAGACUGAGACAAUCAUCAUUCAUAAAACAACAGAGUUUUCCUGUUUUUCAUUGUCUUUCUCCAAAUUCUCCGAGAUAAGAGAGAGUGCGGAAUUAAGCUUUAAGUUGAUCUGAAUUUAAUGGCUUCGACGAUGCUCAAUGCUCCUUCUAUAGUUCCUUCCAUUAAGGGGUUUGAUACCCAGAAGUUUUUUUGUCUUAGAUCCACCUCCAAUUUGAGGUUCAAUGUCGUUAAGGGCCGCCGGCAGCGGCUUUUUGUGGUGAGGGCAAGUGAAAGUCGUGAUGGGCAUGUAAAGAAGAUGGGACUGAGUGAUGCAGAAUGCGAGGCUGCUGUUGUGGCUGGGAAUGUGCCUGAAGCACCUCCUGUUCCGCCCACUCCUGCUGCGCCUGCUGGAACUCCCGUCAUCCAACCUCUUCAACUCAAUCGGCGCCCUCGUCGGAACCGCAAGUCCCCUGCUUUAAGAGCUUCUUUCCAAGAAACAAAUCUAUCUCCUGCAAAUUUUGUAUAUCCACUUUUUAUUCAUGAAGGUGAAGAGGACACACCUAUUGGAGCUAUGCCAGGAUGUUAUAGGCUUGGGUGGAGACAUGGACUUGUUGAGGAGGUUGGAAAGGCUCGGGAUGUUGGUGUUAAUAGCAUUGUGCUCUUUCCCAAAGUUCCAGAUGGUUUGAAGUCUCCCAUAGGAGAAGAAGCCUACAACGACAAUGGCUUGGUUCCUCGUGCAAUACGUUUGCUCAAGGACAAAUACCCUGAUCUUGUUAUCUACACAGAUGUUGCUUUAGAUCCAUACUCCUCUGAUGGGCAUGAUGGUAUUGUCAGAGAAGAUGGAGUUAUAAUGAAUGAUGAGACAGUACAUCAGUUAUGCAAGCAAGCUGUUUCUCAGGCCCGAGCUGGUGCUGAUGUUAUCAGUCCAAGUGACAUGAUGGAUGGCCGUGUGGGAGCGAUUCGUGCGGCUCUUGAUGCUGAGGGCUUUCAACAUGUUUCUAUCAUGUCUUACACAGCAAAGUAUGCUAGCUCAUUUUAUGGUCCUUUUCGAGAAGCACUAGACUCCAAUCCACGUUUUGGAGACAAGAAAACGUAUCAGAUGAACCCAGCAAAUUACAGGGAGGCUUUGAUCGAGGGUCGUGAAGAUGAGGCUGAAGGAGCUGAUAUCCUUUUGGUGAAACCUGGUCUUCCUUAUUUGGAUAUCAUAAGACUUCUCAGGGAUAACUCUCCUCUGCCAAUUGCGGCAUAUCAGGUUUCUGGGGAAUACUCAAUGAUCAAGGCUGGUGGGGUUCUCAAAAUGAUUGAUGAAGAGAAGGUUAUGAUGGAAUCUCUGAUGUGCCUUCGGCGGGCUGGUGCUGACAUCAUCCUCACAUAUUUUGCUUUGCAAGCUGCUAGAAGUUUAUGUGGUGAGAAGAAUUGAGAUUCAUAAGGGAAAUUGACUGAUGCCGUUGUGUAGAAAGCCGUGUGAAUUCCAUCCCUUCCUCACAAGUAUGUGUCAUUAGAAUAAGUUUAGAAUUUGUUAUUUGUCUGCUACGGCAUUGUUAUCCUCUCAAUUAUUGUUUUGCCAUUCAGCGUUUGCUAAGAAUCAUGUUGAAUAUCAUGUUUCUUUUGUAGAUUUAAAUUUUAUCUGAGAGAGCUUUUGAUACUUUCAUGCAUGGUUGUUCACUGCAGUCAUGAGUUAGCAUUGCCCUUUAAAUAG